ACAUGGCUCGCCGAUCGCCGAGAACUGUGAUCAAACGCGGAAAGAUAGACGAGAUGUUGCCGGACCGAAAAUACUGCAGACUGUGCGGUCACCAGCAGGACGAUGUGAAGAGUGAUCCAGGUUUACUGCGGUCGCUGGACAGCGUAUUCGGUGGGCAACUUGGCGUUUACGAAUCAAACCACCUACCGACCACCGUCUGUGUGCCCUGCAGCAAGAACGCCACAAUCGUUGAACAAUUUUGGGAACGGACCUUCAAGGCUCAGCUAGUUUUACGGACCAUUUUCAGCAAGAAUACAGAUGAUCCUACAUUACCGGCAGAAGGCGAUACUACUAUCGGCAGCGAAGAGGAAUCGAAUCGACCAGAUUCCCCGGACACGGUGAUCGCAAAUGGAAACCCCGAAACGGAGUGCGUGUACCUGGAAAGCGGCACCCCGGCAAGCACGCCCGAUACUGCCGUGGACGAGAGCGAAGUGGGAGAUGAAAGCUAUUUUGUAGAUUCAGAAAACGUGAAAUCCCAUCUUGACGCUGAGCUUGAUGGGAAAGAGUUUGAAAAAGAUGCACUAAGUACUGUCGAUGUCGAGCCGGUAGAAACCGCCAGGAUCACCAGCAAAGCGCCAGCGAAGAAGCGAAAAAGCACGGUGGCGAAUGGGAGGAAAAAGGAAAAUCCCUCUUACCGUGUGUGCCACCACUGUGGAAAAACUUUUGAAACGAAUGUUAAACUAAAGAACCACCUACAGAGCCACUCGGAUGAGCGGCCAUUCGCUUGCGAUGUCUGUGGCAAGCAGUUUAAACUGCGACGCGAUCUAACCAUGCACGUAGAGUCGGCCCACGAAGGGAAAAUCUUCAAAUGUACUCUCUGCGAGGUGGAGUUCCGUUGGCGCAAAGGACUGCAACGGCACAUGCUGAGACACAAAGGAACGGCCUUCAAACACCAAUGCCAGACGUGUGGCAAAAAAUUCAUCUCACCAGGCAAGCUACGAGAGCACCAGAUGAAGCAUACGGGCGAUCGGUUACGGUGUGAAAUCUGCGGUGCAGGCUACAGAUUUAACUAUAUGCUAACGCAGCACAAGAUGAGAAAACACAACAUGACCUUUCCGGGGGUGAAACUGUACGAGAAGAAAGUCUCGAAACGUAAAAAUACCAAACGGAAAGAGUGCCCAACUGCGGAUACUGCGGAAAGUGAUGACGAUACGAUCAAUCUGGAAAUCGUGACCGAUGUCGAUGACACCCAACGGGACCACCAGUCGGGAGUGGUUGUGGAGUACAAUGUAGAAAUAAUCGAAGAACCGGAGGUGUAGCAUCCGGAUUGUUACCGAGAUUCAUUGCUUUUCGCACCAUGUGGCGUUGUAGCGGUUGGGAAAUGGGAGAGAUGAACCGGAAAAUUCUUCCAACAGCUUCCAUAAUCAGGCCAUGCAUCACUAUGGUCCUUUAUUUCACGAAAGGGAAGAUUUUAACACCUGUUGACUCAACCAAAACCACGAAAAACUCCAAAAAUUCAUCGUGAUAAGUGUAAUGUAUUUAGGAUGAGUUUUUUCAGAUCCUAUAUAGUUUAUUUUGUUCGAAGAAAGUCCAAUAAACAAGUGUGUUUCUUUUUGCGUGAAC